ACUCUCUUCUCCACUACCUCACACUACCUCCCACAAAUCCCCUCUCUUAUUCCGACAACAUGGAACAACCCAUCGCCGCCGGAAUCUCAAGUUCCGGCAACCACCUCCCAAAGCCGAAGAACAAUAGAAAGAAGCUCAUAAUCCUAGCCGUGUCUUCAACCCUCCUUCUGGUGGGCAUCGUCGCCGGAGUGGUGAGCUCGAGAAACGGCGGCGGAGAGGAGGCUAAAAGCCAUGCCAUUGUGAAGAGCACGUGUAGCAGCACGUUGUAUCCGGAUCUGUGCUUUUCGAGCAUUUUGAAGAGCGAUGGGGCGAUGAAGAGAGUUGGUAGUAAAAAGGAUGUGAUCGAGGUGUCGAUUAAUAUUACGGUUAAAGCGGUGGAGGAGAAUUAUUUUAAGGUGUUGAAAUUGUAUGAGUUGAAGAAUAUUAGUCACAGGGAGAAGAUUGCUCUUCAUGAUUGCCUUGAAACCAUUGAUGAGACGCUUGAUGAGCUUCAUAAGGCUACUGUUGACCUCCAUGAAUACCCGAAUAAGAAGUCUCUUAAUCAACAUGCUGAUGAUCUCAAGACCUUGCUUAGUUCCGCUAUUACUAAUCAGGAGACAUGCCUCGACGGGUUUUCCCACGACGAGGCGGACAAGAACCUGCGGGACAAGCUAAAAGAGGGUCAAAUAGAGGUAGAGCGCAUGUGCAGCAAUGCGCUAGCCAUGAUUAAGAACAUGACCGAUACAGACAUAGCCAACUACGAGGCCAAAAUGGGAACAACAGCCAACAGAAAGCUCAAGGAAGAGAUCAACGACGAGCAAAUCCAGUGGCCGGAGUGGCUGUCAGCCGGAGACCGACGUCUGCUGCAAUCCUCCUCCGUGAAGCCGGACGUGGUCGUGGCGGCGGAUGGCAGCGGGAACUUCAAGACAGUGGCGGCCGCCGUCGCCGCCGCCCCGGUAAAAAGUAGCAAGAGAUUUGUGAUAAGAAUUAAAGCUGGGGUUUAUAGAGAGAAUGUAGAUGUGCCAAAGAAGAAGACGAAUAUAAUGUUCAUGGGAGAUGGAAGAAGUAACACUAUAAUUACCGGUAGCCGGAAUGUCGUCGACGGCAGCACCACUUUUAACUCUGCCACCGUCGCUGCGGUGGGAGAAGGAUUUCUAGCGCGUGACAUCACAUUCCAAAACACAGCCGGUCCCUCAAAGCACCAAGCGGUGGCUCUCCGCGUCGGAGCAGAUCUCUCCGCCUUCUACCAAUGCGACAUGUUGGCUUAUCAAGACACUCUCUACGUCCAUUCCAACCGUCAGUUCUACAUCAACUGUCUCAUUUCCGGCACCGUCGAUUUCAUCUUCGGCAACGCCGCUGCCGUUUUCCAAGACUGUGACAUUCACGCGCGUAGACCAAACUCGGGUCAGAAAAACAUGGUCACGGCUCAGGGUCGGUCCGACCCAAACCAGAACACCGGAAUCGUUAUCCAGAAAUCCCGAAUCGGAGCCACCUCCGAUCUCCGGUCGGUCCAGAAGAGCUUCCCGACGUUCCUCGGAAGACCGUGGAAGGAAUAUUCUAGAACCGUGAUCAUGCAGUCGUCGAUAAGUGACGUCAUUGACUCGAAGGGAUGGCAUGAAUGGAGCGGUAAUUUUGCUCUCAACACGUUGUUUUACGGUGAGUAUCAGAAUACUGGACCGGGUGCUUCGACGAGCGGGAGGGUGACGUGGAAGGGGUUCAGGGUAAUUCGGAGUGCCACGGAGGCUGAAGGUUUCACUCCUGGUAAAUUUAUUGGCGGUGGGAGUUGGUUGCGGGCGACUGGGUUUCCUUUCUCUUUGGGACUAUGAUGAUAAGCUGUAAUUUUAUUUUUUACCGUAUUUACUGUGGUAA